CUCGGACAGUGUUCUUGUUUUUCCGGAAAACUGCUGACUUCACUUCAGGAUAAUGGAGCAGUCUCAAGGUGUUGUCGCCGCCGUCCGUAAAGCUAUCGAACCAUCGCUCAUCGAUCCCCAAGCCCACCGCGAUGGCUCUCAUGAUCUCUUGGUGCAGAUUCUUGCAUAGAUCGUGGAAUUCCAACAUCUUCUGCUUGAAGACCUUGCCUUCCUCGUCGAACUUGUCCGGCCAAUUGUUGGGACAGUCCGGCACGCCUUCCCUACCAAUUUCCAUGCUCUCCUUGAGAUCGGCGCCCUCCGCUGCUCGGAUCUUCUCGAUUUCUGCUGGAUCCGUUGCAUCUGUUGUCUUCUCGCGUCCCGGUUGUGAGUAUCCCCGAUUGGCCUUCGGUGUUGUCCAUCCCAGGUCUAACUUCUGUUGUUCUGGUCGCUUGAAGAACUUUGCUGAUUCUGCAAAUGCGCCCUGAACCUUCUCUUUGGGUAUUCCAUGAUUCUUCAGAUAUAUGAAACCUGCUCUUUGAAAGCCAUGCAGAAUUGCCUCAGCGACUGUUCGCUUCGUUGUCUCGUCACCGGUCAAGAAAGCAGAGAAGUCGAUCAACGGUAUCUCGAGGCUGUCAUGUGAUACUGCUGAGCUGACCGCAGCUGGCUUCAUGUUCAAUGAUCGUCUAGAGUUCUGUUCGGCCUCGUGCGAUGGAAGAUUUACUUCUACAAGCAAGUGAGGUCAGAACAAGAUGCGCGGGCAAUUUAGUAGUCACUAUCGCUAAGGCCACUAUACCGCUUCUGUAUCCACCUCCUUUAGCAAUAGACUUAUUGCAUCACGACCUACGGCAUUACAAUCGAUUGGCUACAUAUAUGAACCAUCAGUCAGAAGUUGUUGUCGGAGGUGGACAGCGACACCUCCUGCUAAAGGUCUCUACUGAUAUAAUAAAAGGUCUGGAGCGCGGGGAAUGUGGGGCGCCUACACCUUCAAAGAAGUUGCACGCCUGCUUGGGCCUUGAAAUUUAUUCAAAUUCGGAGCCGUGCAACGACCAUCAGCCAACCGGGCGAUUCUUGAUCGGGCGAAGUUUCAAGAUGCCUACCGUUGAUGUCCACACACAUAUGUACCCUCCGGCAUUGAUGUCGAUAUUGCGAGCACGAAAAAAGGUUCCAUACGUGCGACUAUUCGAAGAUGAUCCGGCCUCCGGGGAACGUCUUGUCAUCCUUCCACAGGAAGAAGCAGGCAGCACGGCUCGAGGGCGUCCCAUUGGACCAGAAUACUUUGACGUCGCAAAUAAAAUUGCAUUCAUGGACCUCCACCAGAUCGACAUCUCCGUAAUAUCACUGGCAAAUCCCUGGCUCGACUGGCUUCCGGCCGAAGAAGCUGCAAAGACUGCAAGACUCGUCAACGAUGAUGUGGAGAAAAUGUGUGCCGACCAUGAGGGCCGAUUGUAUGCCUUUGCGACCCUCCCUCUCAGCGCAAGCGCCGACGAAGUCGUGCAUGAAAUUCAGAGAUUGUCGUCGUUGAAGCAUUGUCGGGGCGUGGUGAUUGGUACUUCAGGACUGGGACAAGGACUGGACGACCCGAAACUGGAUCCGAUAUGGCAGGCUCUUGAGAAGCACGAGAUGCUCGUGUUCCUACACCCUCACUAUGGGCUUCCGAGCGAAGUAUUCGGGCCGAGAAAUAGUGAAUAUGGCCAUGUCCUUCCUCUCGCCAUGGGCUUUCCGCUUGAGACCACGAUCGCGGUGACACGAAUGAUUCUGUCUGGUAUUUUCGAUAGAUUCCAGGAACUGAACGUGUUGUUAGCACAUAGCGGCGGUACACUCCCAUUUCUGGCUGGUAGGAUCGAGAGCUGUAUAGCGCACGAUGCACAUCUGAAGAAGGAGGGAAAGAUUUCUGGCCGCAGAGACGUGUGGGAAGUUCUGAAGAAUAACAUCUACCUUGACGCAGUCGUCUAUGCUGACGUUGGACUAAAGGCCGCAAUCGAUGCGUCUGGAGCAGAACGGAUCCUGUUUGGCACAGAUCACCCAUUCUUCCCUCCGCUGGAAGGCGAGGAUGACCAAUGGCUAAGUGUGACGUCUAACAUGGCCGCGAUACAGACAGCCUUGGGCAAUGACACCAAGACCGCACAGGAUAUCAUGGGGCUGAUGAAUUCUCCUGAACGGUCCAGUCAAUGGUCUGAUGAUGGGCAAAUGUCUAGGACUCUGACGCCGUGGCUAUCACGAGGCCAGGAGUACAGCCUAGAAGCUCAUGGAUUCCUUGACGCUCACCGAACUCAAUUGACACCACAGCAUGGAUCCAGGACACAUUCGAAGAUCGCGUGUGAUGAAUAG